GCGCCGCGCCGAGCCUGGAGGUGCACAAACUGAAAGUAAAACCAACAAAACCACCCCAAACCCGCCGCAGGGGCGCGGCGGCGGCGGGGCAGCAGCGGCUUGCGCGAAAACAAGCCUAAACCAGAGGCACAUCUCAGAAAGAGCAGCAGUCACCAUGAAGAGGAGCAAGGUUGGACUGGAAAAGCCCUGCAGAAAAGGCUGCAGAUACGCUGGCCUUCCUGAUGCCUGGCUCUAAGUGCUUUGGCAGGCCUGGCAGUGCAGCAUGAUUAGGAUGAGGAGGAAGAAACUGUGGGCAUCUUGCUUCUGCUUUGCAGCAGCCUUCUUCCUUGUGGUGACACUUCAGGUUAUCACCGAACUGACCAAUUCAGAGAAUAAGGUGGCAGUAAUCUCCAGUUUACAGAGUAGCCCGCUAAAGCCUGUGGAGAGAUAUGCUUUUCAGUUCAAGAAGCAGGAACUUCACAGCAGCUUCAAGGCAGAAUCUGAUGUAAAUCACUAUCCUAUCCUGCUCUGGUGGUCUCCUCUGACUGGAGAGAAAGGGAGAUUGGGUCAGUGCGGAGAGGAUGUUUGCUUCUUUACUAUCAACAAGACCUACCAGCACAAUCAGAUGACGAGAGCAUUUCUGUUCUAUGGUACUGACUUCAGUAUAGACAGCCUACCUCUCCCUCGGAAAGACUAUCACGAUUGGGCUCUUUUCCAUGAAGAGUCACCAAAAAACAACUACAAACUCUUCCAUGAACUGACCAUCACCUUAUUCAACCACACUGCAACCUUUAGCCGUCACUCUCACCUACCGCUGACCACUCAGUAUCUUGAGGGCAUAGAGGUCCUGAUGUCACUGAGGUACAUGAUCCCACUGCAGGUGAAGAACAGCCUGAGGAAGAGGCUUGCACCACUUGUAUAUGUGCAGUCUGAUUGCAACCCUCCUUCUGAUCGGGACAGUUAUGUGCGUGAGCUCAUGUGUCACAUUGAAGUAGACUCUUAUGGGGAAUGUCUGCAUAACAGAGACCUUCCUCAGCAUCUCAGAAGUCCAACUGCCAUGGAUGAUGGCAACUUCUAUAAAAUACUGGCACAGUACAAGUUCAUUCUUGCUUUUGAAAAUGCUAUCUGUGAAGAUUACAUCACUGAAAAACUGUGGCGGCCACUGAAGUUGGGAGUGGUACCAGUGUACUUUGGGUCUCCUAACAUUGUAGACUGGCUUCCCAGUAACAAGAGUGCAAUUCUGGUAUCCAGUUUUUCACACCCUCAGGAGCUGGCCCGCUAUAUCAAAACACUUGAUACAAACGAUCAAGAGUAUGAGUCCUACUUGCAAUGGAAACUGAAAGGGGACAUUUCCAACCCAAGGCUGCUUACAGCGAUGAAGGAACGCAAGUGGGGAGUGCAAGAUAUCACCCAGGACAAUUACAUUGACACCUUUGAGUGCAUGGUGUGUAACAGAGUGUGGGAAAACAUCAGAAGGAAAGAAAAGGGAUGGCUGCACCAGAGGUGGAAGGCUCAGGUUAACCAUCUGAGCUGCCCCAAACCAGAAGCAUUCUCAUUCUCAUCCUCAAAUCCUGGCUGGACUUCUCUCCAUGAGAUGUGGAUACCAAGCUUUGAGCAAUCCAAGAAAGAAGCCUGGGCACUGAGGCACCUGGUGGAAAGGAACAGGAAUUUUACAGCUCAAGAAUUUUGGAUGCUUGUAUUUAAAGAAUAAACACAACAACCUGUAAAAGAGAGUGAGCUUCUCAGAGGAGUCUGUGGAAUUUUCUUUUGAGGGUGACCUUCUCAUCAGUAGCCAUAGGAAGCAGACGUGUACGACUGCGUUUAGUAUGUUCAGUGCUCAAGGAGUACUAAGGAGUGUUAAACACUAGAAUCACCCUGCCAGCGAUAUGUAUACAUACGUAUAUAUAUUUAGAAUUAUUUAUGUUUGUAUUAAUUGUCAUUAGUUCAGAUGUUUGAGCAUUAAGGCACAAGUUGUCAAGGUUGUCAAAGCUCAGUUUUAAGCACACAGCUAAUUCCCACGAAGCAGAUGGAUCUGCCUCCAUCCUUAGAUACAUACCUGUGUGCAUAGUCUCAGGAACCCUUUUUCCCAGCCCAGGACCCUCCUUGCUGCACUGAUGACAACAAGCUGGAGAGCACCUGACACCAUUGCACUGGUACAGCUUCUUUGCUGCUUUGGAGGUAGAGGAAAAAGUUGGGACUCUGUCCCUGGCUAGCUGUUUAUUGUCAAUUUUCCUGGCAUCAGCAGAUUUAGCAGGGACUUGGUGGGCUUUGUGUCCUGACACUGAGUGCCAAUUGAAAGUGCAUUAGCGUUUGGCACAAGGAAGCACCAUUUGUUAGUGUCCAGAGACAGAUUGAAUGAAAAACGUGCUGGCUCAGAUCUACCCAUCAUCUUCUGCUAAAAAUAAGCAAGGCACAUGAAUAUCUCCACUCCUCAGAAACAGGACUGUCUCAAUAUGACUUACCUUCUUGCCUUUCUGGUGAUGGACUAGUAUUUGUAUCACGUAUUAACAUGGAAUUAUGUGCUUGAAGGGGCAAGAAUAAAACACUGAAGCUGAGAAGUCUUCAAUAUGCACAAGGAGAGGUAGGCAAACAGCCUCCCUGUUUUAACACAGAAAACUUCAAAUUUUUCUGACAAAAUAAAAACCUUGGUAAUCGUGGUCAUCACUUGCCAAAGGACACACCUUUGCCUGGGAUGCAGACUGCUGAAGUUUUCAUCCCAAGUUCUUCCAACCUCAGUCUAUGGAGAAGUCAACUUCUAAAGGAUCUGCAAAAUGGUGUUAUCAGAUGAGGGAUGUCAUUCAUACACAUGCCCAUGUAUGAUGACACAGCCAAAUGUAACUACUAAUGUAGAGUUCUUGGAAAGAAAGAUUUUCACCUGUCUGAUAAUUUCCAUGCAGUUGUUCCUUGUAGCAGGUAUUUUAAGACUGCUGAGAAGUGUCUUAUUUUGUGAAUGGGUAGCCAUGGGGAAGGAUGUGAAUAGCAUUUACACCAAGAAAUUCAGCUGCAAAAUUUGAUCACCUUGGAAAAGUUUCCUCACCAGAAACUUCCGUAACAAAUAGCUAGUGAAUUUUGUAUUACUUUUAAAUCUAGCAAGACAAAGAGCAAUUUUAUGACCAUAACCCGUACAGUAUUGGUCAUUGUUUCUAUAAGCAUGUACUUGGCUUUGAUUAAGCAAAACAGACCCACUGGAAUUUCUUGCCAUUGAUGUUUUGCCAGUGUGGCACACAGCAUCUAUUGGGCAUGUCUUAAACUCUUUCCCCAGUGAUCUACAGUGCAAAUGGUAACUAAGCUCCACAAAUGAAGUCCUUCAGGAAAGUGGCAUUAUCAUUGCAAAGGGAACUGCAGAAUCACUACCCUUUGCCAUGAACCUCUGUUUCUCCCCCCAGGAUGGCACAGAAUAUUGGCAGCAGGA